AUGCAUAAUAGCUUCAAAGCAUCCGCAGCACAGGCUAUUGAUGUCUACUGCCAUAAUAACCAGACACCCUUUUACCUCAGAAGUGAAGAAGUUGCCAGAAACGGGCCACGCUUUUCGGAUCUUGGGGAGCUUGAACAGUCGGCUGGAAAUGGGUUUCACCAUGAAGAUAAUGCUGUUAAUUUAAGCAGAAUAUAUAACGAGUUGAAGGCAAGCAAUGUCUCAGUUGUCUCCAAUAACUUGCAGUUUGGUGGGCUCAGUAAUGCCAUGGUUUCAAACGAGAUGGUUUCUUCUGGAACGGGUUUGGGUUUCAUCUCUCACAAGGAGACAAAUGCAAUGGUGGGUGUGGGUGGGGCUUUGGGCCGUGGCCACUUCGAAAACUGGACCGAUUCUGGGAUUGUAGCAGAUCAUAGCCAGCAGACUGAUACGUCAAGUGACACGGAUGAUAAAAACCAGUAUAAUGGAGUUCAUCGUGAGGGGUUGAUAGUUGUGGAUUCAAUGGACCAGUGCAAGGGCAAAAUUGGGGACCAGAAGGUUUAUUUCUUUUCAUUUUUCGGUUCUAAAUAUUUUGGCAUCUUGUGGCUGUGUUUUCGGUUUUUAAGAGCAUACGUUCAACAGCUUGAGAACAGUCGGCUAAAGCUCACACAACUAGAACAGGAGCUCAAAAAAGCACGUCAGCAGGGUAUGUUUGUGUCAUCUGGAAUUUCUGGAAAUCAGAAUCAAUGUGUGGGUGGCAAUGGGGCUUUGGCCUUUGACAUGGAUUAUGCAAGGUGGCUAGACGAACAUCAUCGGCUGGUGAACGAUCUUAGAUCUGCUGUGGGUUCUCAUGUGGGUGACAAUGAACUAAGGCUUCUUGUGGAGAGUGUGAUGUCACAUUAUGGUGAGUUAUUCCGGCUCAAAAGCAUAGGCUCAAAAUCAGAUGUUUUCCACAUGCUCUCGGGUAUGUGGAAAACGCCUGCCGAGAGGUGUUUCAUGUGGUUAGGAGGUUUUCGCUGCUCUGAGAUCCUCAAGAUUCUUGGAAACCAAAUCGAGCCUCUAACUGAUCAGCAGCUAGUGGGCAUUUGCAAUCUGCAGCAAUCCUCACAACAAGCCGAGGAUGCUCUGUCCCAAGGAAUGGAAGCUUUGCAACAAUCCCUUGUGGAGACCCUCUCCUCCAACUCCCUCCCCUCACGCCCUGCUCUCAACGUUGCUGACUACAUGGGCCAGAUGGCCAUUGCUAUGACCAAACUUGCCACGCUCGAGAAUUUUCUCCAUCAGGCUGACCUUCUUAGACAGCAGACAUUACAACAACUGCAAAGAAUCUUGACCACCCGUCAAGCUGCGCGGGCCCUUCUCGCCAUUAGUGAUUACAUGUCUAGGCUACGUGCUCUUAGCUCGUUAUGGCUAGCACGCCCUAAGGAAUGA